GUCUCAAUGAUGCUCUGGAGGCUGCCCUCUCCUGUCCGCCCCUUCUCUGGGCUCAAUUGUCGCCCCUACAGCUCCACAAAACACGUGGAACCUCUCAGAAUACUUUUCUGCGGAUCUGAUCAGUUCAGUAUCGCAUCACUCUCCAAACUGAAUAAAGCGAAAAACAAGGAUCCUCUGCUGAUAGAGUCUAUCGAUGUCGUCCAUCGGCCCGGGAAACGUACAGGCAGAGGCUUGAAGACCAUAAAAGACGUUCCCAUCAAGCGUGCUGCGACCUUAGAUUUCAAGCUCCCUACCCACGUGCGCGACACCUUCACGAAUUGGGAACCUCCUGUAGCAUACAAUCUUAUCAUCGCCGUCUCUUUUGGUCUCUUAAUUCCCUCGCGAAUCCUUGACGGGGCCAAGUACGGAGGGUUGAAUGUUCACCCUUCGCUCCUACCAGAUUUGCGUGGCCCAGCACCGAUCCACCAUACCCUGCUCAAAAGACGUAAAUACACUGGCAUUACUAUACAGACAUUGCAUCCAACACACUUCGACCAUGGUACCAUACUCUCUCAGACACCUGCACCUGGCAUCGAGGUUUGUCCAGGAGCAACGCCCGUCGAACUGGUCGACAAGCUGGGUAGCCUAGGCGGAUCAAUGCUCUUAGACGUAAUUAGGCGCCGAGAUUUUUUUCCACCUGUGCAUGAUGUUGGGUGGUAUGCCAAGUCAGGCGGCCCGGUUGACAAUGCGGAGAAGAUCACCAGUGAGCAUCGCUAUGUUAAUUUCUCAACUACCACAGCCGGCGACAUCCAGGACCGCCACCGUCUUCUAGGCAACUUGUGGUGCACUUUGCUAAACGGCAAAAGACUAAUUUUGCAUGAUGUUUGCCCCUACCACGGCGAGGAUUCUACACGCCUUGACCCGGGCUUGUUUGUCGGAGAAACGGGCGAUCUUUUAGCUCGAACACAAGAUGGAAAGCUAGUCCAUAUCGUAGAAAGCACCGUUGAAGGUAGGAAGACAGGAAGUGGGAAGGGCUACCUGCGGUACCGUCCGUUUCUAGUCCUACCAACAAAUACUGUGGAGGAACGGCAGUCUGAGUGAAAACUAUGCGACGAACGCUCUGAAACCUCUUUCUAUCAACCCCGAGCGAGACUUUGCGCACAAUUGCCAUCAAACCCAAAGAUUGGCGGCUCUACUUAGCUGGAAUUCACUAAAGCUCUUCUCCUAGUGCUCUCUACCUGUUAGAUACUGACAGACAGAGAAACACUCUCACAAGUCCAAAUUUAAAAUCAGUCACCGAUCAAAGUCACCUCAAAAUGUAUACAUAUGACCAUCGG